AUGCGUUUGCGCCCGAGGAUUGUACUAGGAAGAGCUGGGAAUGAUGGGUCAUUAUCCUUCCAAUAUCUGGUGACCAGACCUCCAGUCACGAUUCUGGCCUGCUUCUCGAUCUUAUACCUAUUCCUAGUACAGUACUUGCGCCAAGCCAACUACCGUGAUCCAACGUCCUACUUCUUUGACCCGGCCCGAGCGUACGAGCGAAUAUACUCGACAGAUAGGAUAGAGCAAGCCGAUGCUUUCAUCCAAUCUGCAAAGCUACAAUCCGCCGGCCCAGAGCCCUCGCAACAACCACCGGUAGUAUGUAUCGGCGUCGUAACAGUAAAACGAAGAGAGGACCAAUACGUGCGGCGAACAAUCGGGUCUCUUCUGGAAGGCCUUCCUAACGAGGAACGACGCAGUAUAUACCUUAACAUCCUUGUUGGCCAUGCAGAGCCGUCGGAACAUCCGAUUUCCGGGGAGAAGUGGAUCGAGACCCUCCCGGACAAGGUUUUAGAAUACAGGAAGACGGAUAUCGCUCGCAUACAACAAUGGGAGGAAGGAGGAUGGUACCGGAACAAGACGAUAUUUGACUACACGUACUUGUUAAACGAUUGCUAUGCGACAGGUGCACGUUAUAUUGCUAUGAUAGAAGAUGACACUCUCGCGGUAGAGGGUUGGUAUCCACGUGUACUAGAGGCACUGAAAGACAUCGAAAAGGAAAUGGAACGCCGAGCAGGAGUGGAAUGGGUGUUUCUGAGACUCUUCUACACAGAGGAGCUCUUCGGAUGGAAUAGUGAAAACUGGCCAAUAUAUGUGUUUUGGUCAUUCAUGAGCUGGGCAAUUAUAACAAGCUCCUUAAUUGCCGUGAGAAGCAGAUUAAGAUCUAUGCAAGCCUUUCUGUCGAAUGCAGCUAUAUUGACGAUAUCCGGGGUGUGCAUCCCGGCACUGGGUGCCUUUUUCUUCGCAUCUGGUAGGAAUUCGAUUUGGCCACUUACGCCUGGAAUCCAUGAAAUGAACAAAUUCGGCUGUUGCUCACAAGGUUACGUCUAUCCGCGUGAUAUCGUUGCUCCUCUCCUUCAAAGGACCAACUUGGAGACAGAUUGGCUCGUGGAUAUGAUGAUAGAGGACAUUGCAGACGACGAAGGUUGGGUUAGAUGGGCGAGAACGCCGGCUUUGCUACAGCACAUUGGAACGUCAAGCCCGAAAGGACAUGGGUUUGACGAGACAGCAGGGCAGCUUUGGAAUUUUGGGUUUGAAUUAUAUGAGAAAUUACGUUUGGGCAGGAGUUAA